GGAGGAGAAGGCGGAGGAAAGCUUCAGACUCGCCGAGCCGCGGCCACUCGCCGCGCGGGCGCUCCCCGGCGAGCGCAGCGAUGGCGGCGGAUGCGCCGACGCCGCCGCACGAAGGCCAGCUGGCGGGCGGCGCGCGCGCGCCAGUGCGCCUGAGCCUAUACGACCUGGACGGGUGCACUGGCUGGCUGCUGAACGGGAAGAACGGUUCACGUGCCCGGUGGACCGGCCUGGGGCUCUUCCAUUGCGCCAUCGAGGUGCACGACUGGGAGUUCGCCUUCGUGUAUUAUUGGGACUGCUGGGAGUCCGACCAGGUCACGGGAGUCAUCCGGUCGCCGCCGCGGCAGGACCCUACGUUCGGGGUCGGCUUCCGAGGCUCCCUGGAGCUGGGCAGCACCCGGAGGUCGCCGGCGGAAGUCACGGCCAUGCUCCAGGACCUCGGCGGGGAGUGGAGGUCGAACAGGUACCACCUGAUCAGGCGCAACUGCGUCACCUUCUGCGAGGAGCUGGCGGGCCUCCUCGAGGUCCAGUUAAGUCUGGCGUGUCCCUCUAUAGGAGGAAUAUUCAAGACUAGUCACAAAAUAGUCUGGGGACGAUGUUUCAAGUAAUUUUGACUAUUGUUGAGCAUGUCUUGUUGAUUACCUAACAGCGAAG